AUGAAAGCAAGGUGGCUUUUCUCUCUCUUUUGUUUGCUCUCAAUGCCCAGUGUCAUAGGCCAGACUGCAGAUGUCAUUACCCAGACAGAAGUGGUCCACGCUCCACCAGGUACUGACAUCACCCUGGUGUGUGCGUUCCCAAAAUUGCACAGCACCCACAUCAUACAGACACAGUGGUCCAAGACUGACGGCAGCCCCUCUACCAAAAUAGCUGUAUAUCACCCCACCUAUGGCACCCAUUACUUCAAGUUUUUUGAGGCUCUGUACAACUUUUCAGUGUCCUUCAGCACAUGGAUACGCUGCAGUGGUGAUGACACAGGGUCCUCGUGUUCCACCAAUCCAAAUGCCAUGUCUGAAUGCAAUUGGUGGGUGCUGCACCUGGAAAAUAUUACCGUGUCCCUUACCAGGCAGUACGAAUGCACUUUUGCUACCUACCCAUAUGGGACAAAGGCUGCAAAAAUUCAACUUAUUGUCAAGGCAGAAGAGGAGAGGCACUACCUGAAGAAAGUGUGGUUAAAGCAGACUUUAGAAAUUCCAUGCCUUGAGGAUGAGACCUCAGAAAAUUUGUCCACUUAUCCUUUGAAAUGGCUAGUGGAUGAAAAUGGGUGGAAAGAGGAACUUGUGACCAAGGAGCCCUCCUGUCCUGCUAUGUACAGGAACAGCAGCAUGCUGUACGGGCAAAAAGUCCUCCUGGGUUUGAACAACACCCUAAAGGUUUUCCCCACCAAAAUCACUGAUGAUGGCAGAGUCUUUUCCUGCCACGUGCUGUACCACCCAGAGAGAGUCCAGAAGAGCAGCACCAUUGUGAGAGUAUUUGCUUACCCUGAGAUCUUCAUUAGCUUGGAGGAGAGCUCAGCCAGCGUCUCGCAGAAGCCUAAUGUGAGCUGUGUCGUGAGGAAGGCAUUUCCCAAGUCAAGCCUCCUGCGGUACAUGGACAGAGCAAACCUGACAGAACAACCUGGAGAAAUUUCUGUGGUACAAGAAGACUUGCAGGACAGUGAAGAUUUCUAUGAGUUGAGGUCGACACUGAUGUUCCAAGGGACUCAUAAGACACAUAAGACAUUCUCAUGUGUGUGUCUGUGUCCCUUCCUGGGAAAUGAAAUGAAGAUUAUUUCAUCAAAAGAAAUAUUUGUUUCCUUUGACAAUAAGUCUAAUGAAGCUUCAGCUGAAAUUUUUACUACCACGGUUUCAGAUGACUUCAGUAAUUCGACACUUACAUCAGCUGUUAUGACAGCCUCAGAGCACCAGUCGACAUCUGUGGCCUCUCUGGAUUUCACAAGUCCAGCAAAUUUGACUCCUGCUUCCACAACACAAGGUAACCUGUCCUACAGCAUCACAGAUCAGACAAUUUCAGUUACCAGAGGAAAAGAUUUCUUUCCUACCAGCAGCCUGCUGAACAGUACUGGUAAGAUGAGGAACGCCAAAGCCAGUGGCUUCCCCUGGCCAACAGUAGUAGCUGUCCUGCUCCUCCUCUGCAGCACUCUGGUAGCUUUAGGUAUCAAGAAAUGGUGUCAGUACCAGAAAGAGAUUAUGAACAGACCUCCAUCUUUUAAGCCACUGCCACCUCCAAUAAAGCACACCUCCAUGGUAGAGUCUGAUGGGACUUCCCCAUCCUGCCAUGAACUAGAAAGUCUGUAA